UCAGUCAUCACUUCUUUAAACGUCUUUUACAGCGGAAGCUGCUCGGUUGUAAGGGUGUUUGUGGCACUUUUGUGAAACCUGUCGCCUCUAUACGUGAUGGUCGAUGUUUGUAAUCAACGGAAAUGGAGUUUUCAGAGCAUAUUAAGACGGCUAAUGUUGAGGACGUGGUGCUCAGAGAGGUGUCGCGAGCUCCGCGGACGGGAGCGCUGUGUGUGACCGGACACCACCUCCUGUUCUCGGACAGAGGCGAGGACAGCACCUGGCAACUCCUGCUGCUCAUCAGGAACAUCGAUGCCAUCGAGAAGAGUGUUGAGAAUCUUCUCGGAUAUCCUCAGGGCUUCAAAGCAAACCAGAAGCAAAGAGCAUCUGGGUCGUCUGGUAGCAUUGUGAUUAAAUGUAAGGACCUUCGCAUCCUCCAGUUCGAUAUUCCCGGCAUGGAAGAGUGCCUGAACAUCGCCAGCUCCAUCGAGGCUCUCUCCUCUCUGGAGAAUGUAACAGAAAUGUACCCGUUCUUCCACCGGCCCCGUGGCCUCAGGCUGAGCGACCCCUGGGGUUUCUCCUCUCCGGAGCAGGACUACACACAAACAGAAAGGCUGUGGGACAGAUGGAGGCUGAGCAAAGUGAACUCGGAUUUCUCAGUGUGUCCGUCCUACCCGAGCGCUUUGAUCGUCCCGAACUCGGUGGAUGAUGACUUUCUCGUAAAGGCAGCAAAAUUCCGACAGGGUGGCAGAUUUCCCGUACUGUGCUACUGCCACCACCGUAACUGCAUGGUAAUUAUGCGGAGCAGCCAGCCCAUGACAGGAGCCAACAGGAAGCGCUGUAAGGAGGACGAGCUCCUGCUUCAAGCGGCACUUGACGAAUCUGAGCUGGGUUACAUCAUAGACACACGCUCCGCCCAGCAAGCCCAGCAGGCCAGGAUGACUGGAGGGGGGUUCGAGUCGAAAUCCUUCUAUCGCCCCUGGAGGAGGUUACACAGACAUAUGGAGAGAGGUAAAGUGUUACAGGAGAGUUUAAUAAAGCUAGUAGAAGCGUGCGGAGACGCAUCUCAUAACAUGGACCGCUGGCUGAGUAAGCUGGAAAACUCCAAAUGGCUGUCUCACAUUCACAGCGCACUGUCCACCGCGGGACUCGUGGCCGAGUGUAUAGAGAGAGAUGGUCACUCAGUGUUGGUUCACGGCUCUGAGGGAACAGACAGCACUCUGCUGGUGACAUCACUCGCUCAGAUCAUCUUAGAUCCAAACUGCAGGACGUUCACAGGCUUCCUUCGACUACUCGAGAGAGAGUGGGUACAGGCAGGUCACCGUUUUCAGCAGCGUUGUGCCCACUCAGCUUACUCACACGCCCGGCUAAAGCACGAGUGCCCGUCCUUUCUACUGCUGCUGGACUGCGUGUGGCAGAUCCUGCGUCAGUUUCCUUUAGCGCUGGAGUUCAGCGAGGCUCUGCUGCUCAGACUGGCACAGGAAGCCUAUGCUUCUGACUAUGGGACUUUCCUGUGCAACAACGAAUAUGAACGACACACUUUGCAUGUGAAGGAAAACACAUACUGUCUCUUCCAGUUCCUGUUGCAGUGUUCAGAGAGAGAGCAGUACAUUAACCCUCUGUUUGAACACACACAGCUUGCCAUCUGGCCUUCAGUGCAGCCGCAGUCCAUCCAGCUGUGGACCGGACUCUUCCUCAGGUGGACAGAACACACCCAAAUAAUGGACGAGGCCCGAGAGGAGAUCAUGACUCUAGUGAAAAAGGGCAGGAAAGAGAAGAUGACCAGUGAUGAAGCCACACACACACUCUUCACACACCGAGACGCUUUCACUAUUCUCGAAAACGACAUGGACGAGCUGACGAUACUAUGAUCUUCUCUCUGAACCUCUUCAAUCUGUACACAUCACUGCAACUUUUAAAUAGGAUUUUUAAUAUUCUGAAAAUAUUUUAUUUUUUAGUAAUUUUUAGAGUUUGAAAGACUAUUGAUGGGAACUGAAACCUGGAAACACUUCCACGCUCAGGGAUCUUCCUGUUAACCUGGGGAGGAACAGGAAGCUACUAACAUCAUGUUGUUGGUUUUCAGAUUCACACCGACCAUCCUUUUUAUUAGUCUGAGGUCACCCUGUUACCCUCAGAGUUUUUAAAUGGUGUAAAAAAAUAACCCAAGGCUGCUGAUGUUCCUGUGAUUUUUAGACUAAUUCGAGAAAGUCAUUUUGCAAGCUAAUAAACUUUAUUGUUAAGAACAAAA